UAUCCUAUAUGAAAUUAGCAAAGUGAUCUAGACAUUCGAAUCAGUUAAGGACUACGAUAUUAUUAAAAAAUGAAUUUCAACUGAUAUCUGUCUUAUUAAAAAAGAGUGUAUAUCUCUAUUCUUCGAAUCGCUUUUCAAUCUCAUUGACAUUGCCGAUAACAGCGUAUAAAUCGCGAAGCAAAGCUAAACUUCCGUAGUAGUAACUUCGACAGUGAAUUCAUCGGUUCUGAAUUCAAAGCGAUUAGUAAUAUUCAAAAGGAGGGAUUUACAUAUUACAAAUCAAACGCGUCAUAUAUUUCCAUUGUUUCUUUUUCCAAAAAGAAAAACACAUUAAUAUAUCUUUAAGAUGCAAAACGCGGAAAUGAAGAAGUGUCUUCAAAGUGAUGAAAUAAUCAAAAUAUGUAACAUGUUCAUAUCGCUACAAAUUGAGGAGGUAAAGAAAGUUAACGAACAGUUACGACCAGUAAUUGAAACGCUAAUAAAUCAUAUGAAAUCAGAGGAUUCACUGUUUGAAAAAAUGUACCAACAAAUUAUUUUCUGUGGUAGCUUCUAUAAAGGUACAAAAAUAGAGGCACCAAAUGAAUUUGAUCUCAACGUUACUUUAAAGCUCCCUAUCAACUAUAAUUACAUAAAUUAUUUGUCAGAUCGAGCAGGUUUUGUAAAAAUAAUUAUAGGAGAUAAUGUGCAAGCACGUAAUACAUAUACAUAUAAAAAUCUUACAAAUAAAGAAAUGAGACAACUUAACAAAUUAAUAUAUAAUAAUUUCGUGGAUCCAAAUGCAUUUCGUUUCUGGAUUAAAGGAAUUAUAGACAAAGUUUUCAACAAGCUACAGAAGGUUGAAGAUAGAUACAGAUUACUAAUAAAUAAUUCUUAUAUAGUAAAAAUUAAAAAAAGUGAAAGUGGGCCUGCAAUCACAUUAAUAGUGAAUAUUCCACAUAAAACUGAGGACAUAUGUGUUGAUUUAGCACCAUCCUUACCUUUUGAUAUAAAUAUCAUUCCAAGAUAUAUUACAAAAUUUGAUGAACUUGGAAGGUGUCGAAAUAAAAACUGGUUUGCAAUCCCAGUACCAGUACGUACUGAUUGUAAUGAUAGUGAUUCUAGUUUGGCAUCCCUUUAUUGGAGAACUGCUUUUAGUCUUCAAGAAAAUGAAAUCCUUGCAAGAUAUGGUCGUGUAAAACAAGUUAUACGUUUACUGAAGAAAUUCAGAAAUACACAAAAGAUGAAGAGUAUAGCAAGCUAUUACAUAGAAACUACAUGUUUAAACAAACUGACAGAAAUAAAUAUGAGCAUCAAUACAAUAUCUUUGGCAUAUUUCUUUUUUGAAAUGCUUAAAGAAUUACAACAUGUUUGUGAGCAAGGGAAGCUAGACUAUUAUUGGAAUGAAAAGUACAAUUUAUUAUCCAGAAUUAGCCAGAUGGAAAUGUAUAAUAUAGCUCGACGUUUAAAAAACAUCAUUAAAGAUAUUGAAAAGAAUGCAACGGAUAAAUAUAUAUUGGCCAAAUAUAUUUUAACCUCGGAAGAAUUAUUGUCAUUAAAGAAUAACAUAAAUAACCCAGGUAACAUAAUUCCAACUGACGAGAGAAACAAUGAUACAGACCAAACAAAUCAGACCAGUUGUGUAAUCUUCUAAUUUUCCUGCGCGUUUAUCAGACCAGUUCGUAAUUAAACGUGUUUACAUUUUGUUUUCUUAAACAUGAAGUCUUAAAUGAA